GGCACCCGGCGGGCGGCGGCGGUCACCGGCUGCGCGAGAAGGUACCCGCGACUGAGGUGGCCGGGCCGCCACCGGGCGCCGGAGCGGGCGAGCGGGGUCUGCGGCCCGCUGCGCCCCGAUGCUGCGGUGAGCAUUCCGGUUCCACGCACCUCGCGCUCCGCCGCACCGGCCCCGGCGAGCAGGUUCUCUCCAACCCUUCAGCCCGGGCCCUACCUGCGGCCGCCGCCGUCGGGGGAGGGGGUCCCCCCAGCUCUGCGGAGCCGCAUGAACAAUAGGCAGCGGCGGCUCUUGCGGGCGGCGGCAGCCCCGCACCCUAUGGAUCGGCCGCUUCAUGGAGCCCUCCAGAGCGCUUCUUGGCUGCCUGGCGAGCGCCGCGGCUGUCGCCCCGCCGGGGGAGGAUGGAGCGGGGACCGGGGCCGAGGAGGAAGAGGAAGAGGAGGAGGAGGCGGCGGCGGCGGCGGCCCCCGGCGAGCUGGGAUCGGACGCGCCGCUGCCCUACUGGACGGCAGUGUUCGAGUACGAGGCGGCGGGCGAGGACGAGCUGACCCUGCGGCUGGGCGACGUGGUGGAGGUGCUGUCCAAGGACUCGCAGGUGUCUGGCGACGAGGGCUGGUGGACCGGGCAGCUGAACCAGCGGGUGGGCAUCUUCCCCAGCAACUACGUGACCCCGCGCAGCGCUUUCUCCAGUCGGUGCCAGCCUGGCGGCGAGGACCCCAGUUGCUACCCGCCCAUUCAGUUGUUAGAGAUUGAUUUUGCGGAGCUAACCCUGGAAGAGAUUAUUGGCAUUGGGGGCUUUGGGAAGGUCUAUCGUGCUUUCUGGAUAGGAGAUGAGGUUGCUGUGAAAGCAGCUCGCCAUGACCCUGAUGAGGACAUCAGCCAGACCAUAGAGAAUGUUCGCCAGGAGGCCAAGCUCUUCACUAUGCUGAAGCAUCCCAACAUCAUUGCCCUUAGAGGAGUGUGUCUGAAGGAACCCAACCUCUGCUUGGUCAUGGAGUUUGCUCGUGGAGGGCCUUUGAAUAGAGUGUUAUCUGGGAAGAGGAUUCCCCCAGACAUCCUGGUGAACUGGGCUGUGCAGAUUGCCAGAGGGAUGAACUACUUACAUGAUGAAGCAAUUGUUCCUGUCAUCCACCGUGACCUUAAGUCCAGCAACAUAUUGAUCCUUCAGAAGGUGGAGAAUGGAGACCUGAGCAACAAGAUUCUGAAGAUCACUGACUUUGGCCUUGCUCGGGAAUGGCACCGGACCACCAAGAUGAGUGCGGCAGGGACGUACGCGUGGAUGGCGCCCGAGGUGAUCCGUGCCUCAAUGUUUUCCAAGGGCAGCGAUGUGUGGAGCUAUGGCGUGCUACUUUGGGAGCUGCUGACUGGCGAGGUGCCCUUCCGAGGAAUCGAUGGCUUAGCAGUGGCUUAUGGAGUAGCCAUGAACAAACUCGCCCUUCCCAUUCCUUCUACAUGCCCAGAACCUUUUGCCAAACUCAUGGAAGACUGCUGGAAUCCUGACCCCCAUUCACGACCAUCUUUCACGAAUGUCCUGGACCAGCUAACUACCAUAGAGGAGUCUGGUUUCUUUGAAAUGCCCAAGGACUCCUUCCACUGCCUGCAGGAUGACUGGAAACAUGAGAUUCAGGAAAUGUUUGACCAACUCAGGGCCAAAGAAAAGGAGCUUCGCACCUGGGAGGAGGAGCUGACGCGGGCUGCGCUCCAGCAGAAGAACCAGGAAGAGCUGCUGCGGCGCCGGGAGCAGGAGCUGGCUGAGCGGGAGAUCGACAUCCUGGAACGGGAGCUUAACAUCAUCAUCCACCAGCUGUGCCAGGAGAAGCCCCGGGUGAAGAAACGCAAGGGCAAGUUCCGGAAGAACCGGCUGAAGCUCAAGGACGGCAACCGCAUCAGCCUUCCCUCUGAUUUCCAGCACAAGUUCACGGUGCAGGCCUCUCCAACCAUGGAUAAAAGGAAGAGUCUGAUCAACAGCUGCUCCAGUCCUCCCGCAAGCCCCACCAUCAUCCCUCGCCUUCGAGCCAUCCAGUAUCCCAUCCAACAUUUGUUAUUCACAGUGACACCAGGUGAAAGCAGCAAAACCUGGGGGCGCAGCUCAGUCAUUCCUAAGGAUGAAGGUGAGGAAGAAGAGAAGAGAGCCCCAAAGAAGAAGGGACGGACGUGGGGGCCAGGUACACUUGGUCAGAAGGAGCUUGCCUCAGGAGAUGAAGGAUCCCCUCAGAGACGUGAGAAAGCUAAUGGUUUAAGCACCCCAUCAGAGUCUCCACAUUUCCACUUGGGCCUCAAGUCCCUAGUAGAUGGAUACAAACAGUGGUCGUCCAGUGCUCCCAACCUAGGGAAGGGCACGAGGAGCAGCCCGGCCCUGCCAGGGUUCACCAGCCUGAUGGAGAUGGAGGAUGAGGACGGCGAAGGCCCAAGGAGUGGGGAGAGUCGUCUACAGCAUUCACCCAACCAGUCCUACCUCUGUAUCCCAUUCCCUCGUGGAGAGGAUGGGGAUGGGCCCUGCAGCGAUGGAGUCCAUGAGGAGCCCACCCCUGCCAGCUCAGCCACCAGUACCCCUCAGCUGACGCCAACCAAUAGCCUCAAGCGGAGCGGUACCCAGCACCGCCGCUGUGAGGUGGCUCUGCUCAGCUGUGGGGCUGUUCUUGCAGCCACGGGCCUGGGGUUUGACCUGCUGGAAGCCGGCAAGUGCCAGCUGCUUCCCCCAGAGGAGCCUGAGCCACCAGCCCGGGAGGAGAAGAAGAGGCGUGAGGGUCUUUUUCAGAGGGCCAGCCGUCCUCGUCGGAGCACCAGCCCCCCUUCCCGAAAACUCUUCAAGAAGGAAGACCCCAUGUUGUUGCUAGGAGACCCCUCUGCCUCUCUAACGCUGCUCUCUCUUUCCUCCAUCUCCGAGUGCAAUUCCACCCGCUCUCUGCUGCGCUCCGACAGCGAUGAGAUCGUGGUAUACGAGAUGCCCGUCAGCCCCGUCGAGGCCCCACCCCUGACCCCAUGCACCCACAACCCGCUGGUCAACGUCCGAGUGGAGCGCUUCAAGCGAGACCCUAACCAAUCCCUGACUCCCACCCAUGUCACCCUUACGGCCCCCACGCAGCCAAGUGGUCACCGGCGGACGCCUUCUGAUGGGGCCCUUAAGCCAGCGGCUCUCCUAGCCAGCAGGAGCCCCUCCAGCAAUGGCUUGAGCCCCAGUCCUGGAGCAGGAAUGAUGAAAACCCCCAGCCCCAGCCGAGACCCAGGUGAAGUUCCCCGUCUCCCUGACCCCAAUGUGGUCUUUCCCCCAACCCCAAAGCGUUGGAACACACAGCAGGACUCUGCCUUGGAGAGACCCAAGACCCUAGAGUUUCUGCCUCGCCCACGUCCUUCUGCCAACCGGCAACGGCUGGACCCUUGGUGGUUCGUGUCACCCAGCCAUGCCCGUAGCGCCUCCCCAGCCAACAGCUCCAGCACGGAAACUCCCAGCAACUUGGACUCCUGCUUUGCUAGCAGCAGCAGCACUGUGGAGGAGCGGCCAGGACUUCCAGCCCUCCUCCCAUUCCAGGCAGGGUCAUUGCCCCCAGCUGAGCGGACGCUUCUGGACUUGGACGCAGAGGGGCAGAGUCAGGACAGCACUGUACCGCUGUGCAGAGCUGAACUGAACACACACAGGCCUACCCCUUAUGAGAUCCAGCAAGAGUUCUGGUCUUAGCAUGAUAAGGGUCAGGGGUGAACAAGGGGGAAACAGGAGGAGAUAAGGGGAGCUGGCUGGUUCAGCCCUUUCUCAGAGUUGGACCCCCUGAGAUCCAGCCCUACUUCUUGCACUGAUAAUGCACUUUGAAGAUGGAAGAGACAGAAACAGGGCCACUUCACAGAGUCUUCUGCCCCGUGGGGCCUUUCUACCCAUGUCCACUGAAAGGCUGUGACCGUCAGCUCUGGCUGUGUAGGGGAGAGAGGGGUGCAUGCAUGUCCCCCACCUUCCGCAGUAUUCCUCACCUUUAGGGUGACCCUGCAGAGUCACUCAGCCAAAUCUGCCUGCUGCCCCCUCUCCUCGGCCAGCUGGGUAAGCUCAGAGUCUAUCCUGGGGUCCCUUGUUAGCCCUGAGUUCAGCCUUCCCAGAACACCAGUAAUGUAUGUUCUGUGAUUGAUUUUGCGCCUCUUGAACUCUCUCCCCCAUCACUCAUGAAUCAGAAUCUUAUUUGAUGUGAGAUGCAAGCUUUUCUGUGAUCUAAGCCCUUUCAUGCCAGAAGGCUGAAGGCAAGGUGCCUCUGUGUGGGGACAUAGGAGUUGAUGGACCUGGCUUGGCACUAACCCACCUACACCUCCAGGCACCCCACCUAUUUAUUUGAGCCUACAGGUAGUAUGGGGAACUGCCUCAGUGAGAACUGGGAGGACGGGAAGGAGUUAUGAAAGAUACAGUCAAGUGGCAGGAAAGAGGGUAACAGAGUCUGUCUGUCCUUGAUCCUUGUGGAAACACUCGAAGGGCAGAAACCAGCACCUGUUGGAGGUACCCUUCUUCCUACCUGGGGUCAGGACGUGAUCAGACCAGGUUCCGACAAGCACAUGCUCAUCCCAGGAAUGGUUUCUUGGGAGAGUCGUUCACUGGUGCCAGUUCUGAAGCCAGAGACAAAGAUCAAAAGGGUUUUGUCCCUUUUGUUGUCUGAUCUUUAUGUGUUAUUCCCUCUCCUCAUUGUUUCUCUGAUCCCUGGAAUUAGUGGAAUUUAGGUCACAUGUUGGGUUGGCAGAGAGUAUCACUGUACUACACCAGAAUAGCAUGUGGGGGUGGGCCUGGGACACUGGGAGUUGGAACUGGGGGGUUUCCUUUUCGGCUGAGCCAUCCAUUUUGUGAUGCCCUUGAAGUAAAAUGGAGCCAUUGGUCAUACUAUCUGUAAAUGGAUGUGGUAAAGUGAUGAUGUUUGUAAGGUACUUGGUGGCCCACUGAUGUACAAUAGCCUUCAAGUCUCAAGCAUUGAAGUUGACCAAGACUCCCUCCAGUGUUUGGUUCUGGACCAUGAGCUAGAUAGAUAGGACAGCAGGGGCCAACCCUGACUUCUCUGGAAUUUGUUUCCUUAACUUGAAUGUUGAGCUUCUUUGGAAGCUUUCUCAUGUGAAUCUUCACCUAUUUUACUUACUCUGAGACCUUUGUGUUAUGUGUAAACAGUUGUCCUUAUACAGGAAUAACAGCUUGCCUGGGAAUAGAGUCCUUAGGUCAUGCUCCUCUUUCCUCAAGAGUCUCUAAGUGUUGUUCCACUGUGUCUUAUCAUGGAAUUUCGCUCUGGAGAUGUUGGAGGCCAAUCUGCAGGUUCCCUGAAUUUGCAGCCUAGAUGCCAGAAUGGGGAGAGUGGUACAGCUGGCACACUGGUGGAUUUUGUCACUGCUCUUUCUCUGUGACUAUGGUGGAAGUCCUCCUCUGUGGUUGAUAAAAAGGGUGACCUUGGCUUUCAAAUUGUUUCUUGGUUUAUGAGUCCAGUAGCACUUUGGUUCUAGGCCUCCACAAAGUCUUGGGUGGGGAAUCACUGUUGGUUUUGUUUUGCAUUUGUUUUGUACAGAGAUUGCAUUUCAACUCUAUCCUCUUUGUUCAGCCAAGCCAGUACAUACUUUUGCCCACAUGUCCCUACUUCUCAGCAAGGUGGAGAAAAAAUGCACAUCCUCUCAGCAGUUCCAGGGCACAAAUGGCCCAUUCUGUGCCCUUCUCUUGGGCCCUCCAUAACGCCAGUCCUAAGCCAACUAAUGCAUCUAUUAAUCUUUGACCCCACUAAAUGGCUGGCUGGUGGGAUGCAGCUCCCUGCAGUGUAAUCAAAACCAUGCCAGCUUUGGACAGUACUCUGGUAUAAGGCAAGAAUUUUUUCUUUGCUGAAUUUUUGUUUUUGGUCAUUUUGUUAGGUUGCAGCUAGCUUUCUCAGAAGUCCUGAGUAUAAACUGAGCAUAGCCCUGCAGUUGAGUGAGAAGUAGAACCCAGUUCUUACUCAUCCCCCCAGGGGGAAGACAAGGAAAGGCUGGGCUAAGGGAAGAAUUGUACCUGCAAAAAGCAGAAGCAGAGCUAUCCUGAAGAUGUUGCUGUGAGCUUCCACGAAGGUGGGGGAGUUACAUCUCUCCGCUUCCCAGUCUCUGAUGAGUCUCUGCCUACCACACAUUCUCUGCGUACAAAGCUGGAGAUGGAGUAGGGAUCUGUAUAGUAGCAGGUUUGAGUUAGUUUCUGUCCACUCAGGUUCCCUUGCCCCAUGGCCUUGAAGAUGUGGAUGAAGCCACUUCCGUGGCAGAAGCUGGCCUUUGCCUUCUCCCUUCCCUUUCUUUCCCCAGUAACAUUUUUGUUCUGCUCUUGGCAUUGUGCUCACUACAGAGAAGAUGGUGAUAGGAAACAGAUACUUCUCUCUGCCCCUCUGGGAUUCUUCAGCUCUUACCACUGUUUCCAGACAGAAUUAUCCCACUUAUCCUCUUUGGGAUACAGGCCAUUGCCGGGGGGCUGAGGAAAUGUCCAAGUUGUCCUUUUAAAUUAUUUCUAAGACGGUUGGGGGGAUGCUCUUAACUUGGCAUCCUUUGGCAUUCCUAAAGUCUGGUAAUAAUAAGAAUAUUAAUAAUAUAUUAUAUUUGGACAACCCAGAAUAGUGCUUACUUUUCCUCCUGACCUUUACAAAAUGACAUCAUUUUUCUUCUACAUUUGAUAGACUUGCUCUUAGAAAAAGGGGGAUGCUUAAAGAUGAAGACUCAAGUGAAGAGAAAUUAAAAAGAUGUCUGGACUGAUUGCUGAAUCAGGCACCAGGUUCUGAGCCUGAACACAUUGACUCUAUCCCCCAUUCUGCUUUUGCUGUAUGGCCUUGGGCUUGUCUUUUCGUGCCUCUCAAAUUCCCUGUCUUAAAAAGCAAUCCUCACAUGCUUCUCUCACAAGGGCAACAGAAGUAUGUGUCAGAGAAGGUCACUGAAGCCCUGUGGCUCCCUGCCAGCUCCAAGGGAAGCUUCCAUCAUCUUUACAGGAUGACUAACUGAAACUGACAAAGCGUGGAUCUCACCACCUUCUGUUUCUGCCUUUGGCUUCUGAAAGAGGACUGAUUUGGAGUUAACUUAGCAUGACUAAUGGGGACCAUGCUCAAGCACAUGCUCUUCACCUGCACAUAUGUGGCACCUGCUGUUUACACACAUUCUUUCCUAAUUCCCCCACUUAACUUGUCAGGUUGCUCUUUCUCACCAUGUGUGUCUUAGAGGAGGAAAUGAGAGAUGGGGAGGCUGAUGGCUGCAUCAGAACGGCAGUUUGGUGCCUGGUUUCUUGCGGUCAUUCCUCGAGUCUGAUUUAUUUAGACCCUACAACUGACUUUUUUGGCAAAACUCUUGCCUCCUCCUCCACUCCCACAUUGGAGCACCCUCUUUCCACUACCACUCUACCUCCCCUAUGGACAGCUCUCUGCACAUUCCUAAAUCUGCACAUUCCUAAAUCAUCAAGCUUCCUUUUUACAAAGUGAAGAGUAGCAGAUGCUGAAGACUGGGGGACUGUCAGUGGUACACCUCAGGAUUGAGAUUUCUGCCCUCUGUGUUUGCAGAACUUUGAUCUCUUCCUUGCCUGUUUGAGCCUGUGCCUUGAGCCUCUGGUGUAUGAAAGCUCAGUCUGACAGGUCAGAAACACUGUCUUGCUGCCUCCUGAAGGAUUUGGGGGAAGAAGCAGAAGCUGCCAUUUCUGUAGUGCCAGGGUUUUCCUGAGGGUUCUGCCAGAGGUUGUCGAGCUGGGGCAGGGAUGAGAGAGGUCUGCUGUGCAUGGUGAUCAUAAGAAAAGAUGGCAGCCCAGGAGUGAUAGGGGUCUACGACCUGAGCUGCCUGCUUGCAAAUGUCUCUUUCCCCCUCUGGACCUCAAGGCCAACCAUGAACUAGAAUAGAUGCUACUGCCCUCCCUUCUGUCCUAUCAAGUCCAACACUGAUAAGCCUCACCUUGCUAGAUUGUUUCCCUUUGUGAAGAAAAUACUACCUGUGUAAGUAUACGUAUGAUUGUAGGGCAAAAACUGUUGAAUACUGGCAAUUUCAUAUGGUUCAACCUAAUAGACCACUUGCUUCUCUCCUUGGCUUCAGGGCUGAGGAUUUCUCCUCGGCAGGAUAUGCUUAUUGUUUGGAACGUAUUCCCAGAUACCUCUCUUCUCUCAGGCAAAUGGGUGUUUUCCUAGACAAGGAAUUCAAAUUCAUGAAAAUCCCCUUAAGAAUGGAAAACUCACUACAGCUUCCUCAGUCUCAGGCCUGUUGCAGCCUUCUCUCCAGGGACUUAGCACCCAGGUACUGGUGUUGUAAGUUGUAUGCUGGAAUCCUGUCUAAUGAAGACUAAUUAACAGGGCAGAGCCCCCCCCCCCCCCCCUCUGAGUUUCCUAAUUAGCCUGAUCCAGCCCUGAGCUUCUGAUUGGCUGUGCAGGCCAGGUGAGCCUCUCAUGACUUCCUCUCACAGUUGCCUGAGUAUUUUCCAUUGGUCCAGAUAAGGUACUGGCAGUCCCACCCUCUCGUUGGUUCAUUUCCUGCCUUAGGCCCUGAAAGCGCCCUGGCUUCACUAGCCUGCUUGCUCAGUGGGCCCUGAUGUUUGUUUUUCAGAACAUUGGGCUCCUCCUUGCUCUGGAGCUGGCUGCCCCUGAGAGGCCUUUCAGCCAGUAGGACUUGUCAUACCUGUGGUUCGCUGCUUUGGGCUGUUGACUCGUGAUUGCACCUAAAAUGAGAGAGGAGCCUCGGGGCCCAGCUGGUUACCAGAGCCAGGAGCUUUUCCACAUGUCUCUUUGUUUUCCUUGGAAACAGACUCGCCUUUCCCCUGACUGGUCUGAGCCACCCGCUCUGCAAAUACUCACCACCUAGUUUUACAAGACUGAUUGGCGGGUGUGGGACACGACAAUUAGAUAGGUGUCCCAGGACAGAACACUGGAAUACAAUUCCAGGGUUCCGAGGCAGGCCUUUGCUACUGGAACCUGCAGGGUGGGCAUCCAGGAGUUCUGAACCCAGAAGUCAAAACAGUUUCUUAAGAGGGGUCCUGGUGAUUGAAGGCCCCCUGGACUUGGUGUUACUUGCUCUGCACUUACUGAAGUCCAAGACCAGCUUUUGGGAGUAAUGUUUCCCACAUUCCUGAAAUCCUUCACAUGUAUAUCCCUGCCCAGACAGAUUCUGACUUUAUUUAAAAUUAAUUGUGAUUUUUUUAAAAAAAGUAUUACAUUGAACUAUUAUCUGUCUUGAUUACUGAGUGUUUCGGCGCCUCUUAAAUUUUGCACGUCAGGGGAGUGCCUCACGCACUCUAGUCCCAGCCCUGCCUGCCCCUCACCAGGACCUGUGAAUGGUUAGGAAUCAUUGUUUUAACCACCCUUCCAUUUCCCUACUUCUUACCCUUCUCCUCAAUUCCUGAGUAAGGUGAUAAUUCUCCAGGGGUGUUUGCAAUUCUGUAGGAAUGUACUGACUUACAACAGUAAAAUAUCUAGGAUGGUUUUCCCUGAGUCUUUAAAUUUGGACCCUUAACUUGGAGUCGACUUUUCUUGAUGCUCUCUACUGUCUUUGAUGUGCUCUGGCUUCCUUGAAGGUUCUCUGAAGCCCUGAGACCACUUGAGGUGUGUCCGUGUUUGGGAGGCAAGAGGCAUAAUUAUAGGAGAGGGGAAUCUUUUAGAAUCUCAUCUGAAACCUCUUUGGUGAAUAAACUUCACUCAUUUCUCUCCCAGAUUUCAGAAGCGCAUGAAGUGGAGGCUUUUGCACUAUGUUGCAUGCCAAGAGUGGCAUCCCCAGCACUCUGCCUGGCACACAGUGAGCCUUCAGAAAUGCCAGCCGUCGACACCGCCUCCACCAGUGUCCUUUUCACUACCCUUAUUCUCCGUCUUCACUCUUCACUCCCAUUGUUUAUCUCUACCUCCUGUUCCACAAGCCAUGCUGGCUAUGGCUCUUUUCUUCAUCACUAUCAGAAUGUGACCUGAGUUUAUCUUGAGCCUAGCUAUGGAGAUUAACAAUAAAUUACAAGAAACCAUUAUUUCUUCCAUGUGGGAGGCAUUUUCCUAGGGCUUUAUAUUCUUUUUUUUCCCUCCUCACAGUAAUUCUGGGAAGUGGGUGUUAUCUCCAUCUAAGGAUGUGGGAAUUGAGGCUCAGGUCAUGUAACUUGCCCAGGGUCACAUGGCUAAUGCAUGAUGUUGCUGAUCCACUUGGCUCCGAGGUGUUCCUGCUUUUUCCUCUGAGCACAUGUCUAGGCCACUCUUUAGAAGCCCUGAUACACUAUUGCAUAGCGUAGGACCACCUGGAUUUUGAGAUGACUGGUCCAAAGGGGAGUUAUAUCCCUUGGCUCACCCACCCUGUGCCUGUGUGAGUGGACUCCAGCAGGACUUACAGAUUUCCACAAGCUUUGCUGACUUCUUUCUGCUCCUGGCUGCUUUCUCCUCCACCAUUUCUUCAUGAUUUUUCGGAGAUUUGUACCACAUGGGAGUUGAAGAUGGUGAUUCUACAACUCUAGUCCUAGCACCACUGCUGAAGGCCCGUGUUUCCUGUUUCUCCCGUUUCCAGCCCACAGUUGCCCCAUCAUUGCUUUCCGCCACAGCUUCAACCCACUCCCACUCUCCUCCCAGCUCCCAACUUUGGAAGCCUUAUCAUAGCUACUGUCUCCCCAUUGGGAACAUGAAAUCAGGCUUUUGCCUUUUUGUUGUAUUGUGCUACAUGCCCUGGUCCCCAGUUGUAGCAAAAACAGAAUAGCAAAAAAAAAAAAAAAAAAAAAAAAAAA